CGAAUGACGUCAGCACUGCAAGCUGACGAAGCGAAGAGAUUUCUGAGGAUAGAAGUCGGCAAUUCUUCUCAGGACUUAGGCGAAGUCGAAUUGUCUGGUAAAAAUAUAGCUGUAGAUCAAGCCGGUGACAGGUCUACCCUACAAAGGGAGCUAGUAGAGAAGUCAGGCGUAUCGAACAAUGAUGAGGAAGAAGACGAAUUAUGGACAGUUUACUCGUCGAAAGUGAGUUUACCUGCUGUGUUGAGCGAUCCGUCUCGUUGGAGGCCAGAAGCUGACUUCUUUACCAAAAGCUGGGGAGAGGGAUUCUUGCCUUUGAGUCGGCUACCUCGUCAUUACCUUCCCGUCAUCAAAAAGUCGGAGUUUGCUCAUUACAUUAAGCAGCUUGGCAAGCCUUACAAGAGCCACGUGAGGACAACUCGAAUAGCGGCAGCAGUGAGAGAAGAACCAAUUGGUUAUGUGCAAAGUCACAGUGUUUUGUCAGACAGUCACGAUUCUACAUUAUCUUUUUCUAAAGGUGCAGAUAGCAGAGAACGUCGAGUAAAUGAAGUUCCAAGAGUGUUUCUUCGACCUGAUUUUGAUCUUGAGAAUCCUGUUACAUUUCGAGAGGCAUUGCCUUUACAACACCUUUAUGACAGUAAACAGGAUCUAAUUACCAAAGCUGGUAGAAGAAAGAGUGGAUCUAAUUCUAAAUUCAACACCUCGGAUCCUAUGCAAACAAGUCGCCUCCUGCAUGAAACGCUUACACAGUAUCUUGAUCGAGUUGAAGUUCAACUUGCCCAGCAAAUUGCACUCAAGUCGGAUGACUUCUUUAGGACAAUAUCUUCUCAAGAUACACUUGCAGAUGAAUUAAUUGUCUUUCGAAGGGAUGUUACAUGUCUCAGAGAAAACUUGCUUUCAGCUUGUGUUCCUCUGUAUCAAGGACCAUUGCAGACUCUUCAUCUAAAGAAGAGACAACUUCGACUAAUUGCCGUCUAUCACAAGUUGAAAUUGAUGGAAACUGUUCAUCAAACUCAGCCAACAAUUCAGUUACUUCUUGCUACAUCUGAUUUUGUUGGGGCACUGGAUCUUAUCUCAACUACACAAGAAGUUCUUCAGCAAGAGCUAGCUGGAGUCCAGAGUUUCAGGCAUUUGAGCUCCCAGCUUAUAGAAAUGGAAAGAAUGAUUGAAAAAGUGAUGGAAGCAGAAUUCAUCCAGUCUGCCACUGCCGGCCUUGAUCGGAUUCAUCCUAAGGAAAUAGAGUUUGAAUCUGAUGAGGAGGACAAACUCACUUCAGUUGUGUUUGGCCUGUUGAAACUGAGAAAUGUGCACUUUCUUGAUGCUUUUAGAGAUGAGGUGUUUACUGCAAUUAAGGGAUGCAUCAAACAGACUGUACGCCGAUUAGUUGGAAUUGAGAGUGAACAAGAUGACUUAUCCAGCUCAAGUGUUGCUGAGCAUAUGAGAAGACAGAGUUUUCAUGAGUGGUUUGGUAUGCUUCAGACUGUCUUCCACUCUGUUCUUGUCAUCCUUCAGAAACUCUUGGUUAUCCAUAAACUUAUUAUAAGUGUGGUGGACUUAUAUCAAGCUCAAAAUGGAGAUGCUAAGAUUGAAGAAGGAGACAGUUUACCUGGAAAAGUGAAAGUAGAUGUGGCUGAUGUAAUGGUAUCAGUUGAAGUACUUGAUCCAUUACCUGAGGUUAUGGAGGGGCCCAAAUGUGCAUCCAAGUUUGUAAACAAUGUGAAUGAAUUUGGUGUUCUGAAGUACUCAGAUAUCAAAGCUGAGAGUAAUGAGCUGCUUCGUUCUGCUUGUGAACUAGUUCAUUUACGGUGUGCAAAGCUGAUUGCUGUAAAAGCCAAAGAUGGUUCACUGGAACGUUUAGUUGCAUCUGAUUUUGUUCGCUUUGUGCAAGCAUUAGAGCGCUUUAUUAGAGAAUGCCAGGCAGUGUGUGGCAGACAGAGUCACAGCCUUAGAGCAACUAUAUUGACACAGGCUAAGGUGUAUUUGGAGAAAUUUCAUGAAGAGAAAAAGACAAAGCUAGUAUUGUUGCUGGAUGGUGAGCGAUGGAAUUGCAUUGAUGAGGUACCUGUUCAGAUACAAGAAAUUGUAGCAGCACUGGAAGAUGGGGGCACAGAUGAGGUAUGUUCUGUUCAGUCUGGACAGUCUUCUUUUGUGCCAGAUAAUGCUAAGAAUAAGCUACAACUGAAAGCUGGAAAUUUUGUUGUCUCAGGAGCUGUCCUACUGUUGUUGAGAAUCGCGUAUGAAUACUGUCGAACUGGUGAUGAUAUUCCAAUGCUAUUGACUGACAUAAUGGCUCGUCUUGUGGAAGUUUUUCAGAUUUUUAACAAGCGAACUUGGCAACUUGUACUAGGAGCGGGUGCUUUACAGACAGUGGGACUGAAGAGCAUAACAGCAAAGCACUUAGCUCUUUCAUCUCAAUGUAUGAGUGCAGUGGCAGCUCUCAUUCCUAGUGUAAAAGCAUACUUUGAAAGUCGCUUGCUAGUUAGAGAAAGAGUGCUGUUGGGACAGUUUAAUGUUCUUACUGAGGACUACAAGAACCACGUGAGGGAAAUUCACGCUAAAUUGCUGUCCAUGAUAGAAGAUGUGAUUGUGAAACAGCUCAGCAAGUGGGAUUGCAAAUCUACAGCUCCUUCAGCAAGUUUUCGAAACAUUGUAAAGCAAAUAGUCAAGCUUUAUGAUGUUCUGAAUUUGCUACUGUCUGUAGAACAGCUAAAGAAUCUGUUUCAAGAUGUACAGAAAGUUUUUCAUACGACAUUAAGGCAGAGAAUGACUAAGCUUGAUAUUAAUCAGUCUUGUGGGGAGGUGACACGGCUGUUACAGGUUGAAUUAAAGUUUUUCGUUGACAGUCUUAGGGAUUUGUCUGGACUUGAGGGUAUACAGAUAUAUGUCGAUUAUGGUAUCUGGACAAAUACAUAGACAUUUCAGGAGAUAAUGUACUUGAGAGUUUGUACCACUUGAAUAUCUGGAUAUAUUUAUUGAUGUUGCA